CCCGCGUCGCCGUGGAAACCACCCGCCCGCUCGCGCCUGCUCAAGAUGGCGAAAGACCUGGAUGCGCUCCUGGAUGAAGUCGAGACCAAAUUCUGCAACCCCGACCCCCUGAGGCUGGGCCUGGGCGAGCGGCCCUCCAGCGGCGACCGGAACAGAGCCGAGGCGAAGGAGGAUCCCAGGUCAGCAGAAACAUGUCAGAAAGAAGAUGACCUUGACAGUCUUAUUAAUGAGAUAUUUGAGGAGCCAAACUUUGACAAAAAACCUUUUCAAAAAUUUAAAUCUAAAUCUUCAAGUAACACAUCUGUCAGAGCCUCCGUUCAAGGCCUCAGUAAGAGUUGCAGUCCGGUGUAUCUCAGUGGAAGCGCCAUUCCGUGUGGUAUCGGAACAAACACCUCGCCGAGAGCAUGUGACCAGCUGCGUUGUAUAGCCUGUGAUUUCCGGAUAGUGAGCUACAAUGACUUUAUGUGGGACAAAUCAUGUGAUUACCUGUUCUUCAGGAACAACAUGCCAGAAUUCCACAAACUGAAAGCAAAGUUGGUCCAGAAGAAAGGAGCCCGGGCAUAUGCUUGCCAGUGUAGCUGGAGGACUGUUGAAGAGCUGACGGACCUGCAGACAGAGCAUCAGCUCCGCUGGGUUUGUGGUAAACACUGAGGAUGCAGACCAUCCACCUUCUGACAGCGGCAUCUCUGAGAGCACGCUCCGCUCGCCGGAAAACAAUGUCCCGGGACACCGUGACACCGUGACAUUACUCCUUUUGGCACAGGCGUUUUACUUAGUAGGUUAAAAAUAUCUGAAUUUACUAGCCUAUCUCCUGUUAGAGAUUAAAUUGUGGCAGUUUGUGCAAAUUUACAGCCUUUCCGUAGCAGCUGCAGCAGUGGCUGCUCACGCUCUCUAGCACAUUCUCGUGUGUCAUUGCUGACAAACACCCGCUGGCCAGGGCAGAGAGGUCACUGUCGCACAUGCCCAUGGUGUCUGCUCUGAUCCGUGCUUACCAGAGACUAUGAGUUCAACCUGAGAGAGAAGCAGAUGGCCACUGAUGCGCUGGAGGGUUGUCGAGGGUGUGGUGCGUUGUGACCCCCUCCCCAUAUGUGCCUCAUGGAGUCUCUCUCACUCCAUUCAGUAUUAUGCACAAUAGUGACAGUAAUAGUAACGUCUCCACUGUAGGAUAUCCCCUCCUGUACUCACUGAAAUAUCAAGUUAGUUUUAUAUUAGUAAAUAUCUAUUUAUAUAUAAAAAAUUUUCGGUGUUUCUAAAAUGACUAAAGUCCUUCAAAUAAGUAGGACUGUUGUUGGGUUUUUCAAUUAAACUCCAUAAUUCCAUCAAAUAAACAGUAACCUUUUCAGGCAACCUGUGCACUUUUCUACUACGAUCGGGUUGAUACAUCAUUAUUGAAGCAUAGCUAACCAGUGGUAGCCUGUUGGGCUCCUGCCUGGCCACACCGAGAGGGGAGGAGCUGUAUCAUCGCAACAUGUUCAAGUAAUGCAGUAUCUCUGUUUUGCUUCCCAGCCCCAAAGACAUUUCAGGGCCUUUCCAGUCUGCCAAAAUUCUACUCUGUGCCUGUUCCCCGUGUGUCUAUGUUAUCUGGUGUAGGUGUGUGACACAGGGCGCUCUGAAGGAUUCUCCUCUGUGUCUGUUAUCUGGUGUAGGUGUAUGACACAGGGCGCUCUGAAGGAUUCUCCUCUGUGUCUGUUAUCUGGUGUAGGUGACACGGGGCGCUCUGAAGGAUUCUCCUCUGUGUCUGCUAUCUGGUGUAGGUGACACGGGGUGCUCUGAAGGAUUCUCCUCUGUGUCUGUUAUCUGGUGUAGGUGACACGGGGCGCUCUGAAGGAUUCUCCUCUGUGUCUGCUAUCUGGUGUAGGUGACACGGGGUGCUCUGAAGGGCUGUAAAGUGUGGCACAGAUCUGCGCUGCUUGGUUUAGGGUUAGCUCUGUUCCAGCCACCUAACACCCUCUACACUAAAAGCCUGUUCCCAGGCUGGGGUCUGGCUCGGUAGAGCACUGGCAAAGCGUGGGCAAGGUCCUAAGUCAUUCCCAGCAGUACAAAACGAGAGAAAGAAAGUAAAUCAAGCUUUUCCUGAUUGUGACACACUUACGCACUUGUAAAUAACUCUAGUUGCAACAAAAGAAAUCUCAAAGUGGCUGAUGCCCACAUUUUUGUAUCAAGAUAUAUUUACAAGUUUUAUCUUUAAAUAAAUCUUUUUAUUCCUCAAAAUUA